CAAAAGCACAUAUCGCACCAUUAUUAGCAAAGGAGGGGAAAGCUGGAUUUGCCUGUGAAAUGUAGCUGAACCAGCAGAGCGCUUUUUUUUCGGUGACGAGCGAGAAGCAAAGGAGGCCGAUUAGGCUGAGUCAAACAGUUUGAGUUUGGCGAUCCUAUCGGAAGGGACACACAGCACACGUGCGCUCGCGAGGAAUAGGAAAACGCACAGUUGGGGUUAAACAAAAGCAUCAUAGCAAGCGGUGGCUUCAAGUUUAUCGAUUAUUUUUUUCUGCGCUUCACCGCAGCAACCCACUUGCGGCUCAGCGCGUCCUUCGUUGUCUCAUUGUAUGAUUUUGAGUGAAGUGUGUUAGAGGAAAAAAUCGAUCUGAUUUGUUGUGGAUUAACCAAACGGUACAAUUUCCAAUGAGUAUGGGUUUACGGAGGCGUACUAUAGAUUCGGCUGAGGCGGUUCAGCGUGAUGUGGCCCACAAGGAAACCUGGGUAUCGACGAAUAAAAUUCUUAACAGCAGUAUGAGUGCAAAGCGCAUGAACAGCCGUAAUCCAAACUUCGACUAUGAUGAAACAAAAUUGCUCAUAUCGCUGUGGGGCGAUCCGCAAGUGCAGAAAACCCUCAUCACCACCCACAAAAAGCACCCGGUUAUUGCAGAGCUGGCUCGGAAAAUGCGUGAAUACGGAUAUAAUCGCUCAACGGAGGAAAUCAACACGCGCAUAAAAAAUCUAAAAUGUUUUUAUAACCGUAUCAAAAAGGACAUGGCUGCCGGGAUCAUAAAUCAAACGACUUGGAAGCAUUUUUCCGAGAUGGAUGAAAUAAUCAGCCGACCGGUUUUCGGCAAUGCGCAUCGGCUGCAUAUGAUUCAGCAGCAGAAACAGCAGCAAGAGCAGGAGGAACUAAAAAAUCAAAUCCUCGAACAGCAGGAACAAAUGCAACGUUUUCCCGUCAAGCUGGAGGUGAUGAGUGAUGAUGAUUCGACGGAGAUAAGGGCCGAGGACUUACUGACGAUUGACACCAAUCCACCCGAUGAUGCGGCAGCGCUGGAAAGAGAUGAGCUUAACAUUAAAGAAGAUCAGAAGCCUGAUGAAGAUGAGGAGGAUGAUGAGGAUGACGAUGACAGUGAUUUCGAUGUUGAGAAUGAAUUCAACGAUGGACUAGAUGAAAUACUUUCGAAAACAAAGGCUGUCACCACCAUAGCGACAUCUUCCACAAGCAUGGCUUCGCCAACAAAUUCCACUCAUAAGACAACAUGUACCGUUAGCAGCGAGACUCCUCAACCUCCAACACUAACGCAGGCAGCCCCAUCGCAAGCGAAAAUAUCGGUUGUCCCAACGAAUCUUUUGCUGAAGCCUCCCGCACCAAGCAUCAACAUGAACCCGCCGAUUCAAAUCUACACUCAGCCUACAGUCAGCCUUGGCGCUUCGUCAGCAAUAGCAGCAGCUCCACAAGCAACUCUGACGUCUUCAACCGCCGGAAUGCACCCAAUGAAAUUGCUGCUGGUGAACACUGUAUCUAAAGAUGGAAAAACCCAACAAAUUCUUACUCCUGCUUCGGAAGUUCCAAACAUGCCACAGAUGCGACCAGCUCCCAUCCUACAAUCUAAACCAGCCGUAGUCCCGAUUGCGCCCAAACCUCCAACGGUCAGCAUCCCGUCGAUAAAUGUACCGCAACAAGCCACUCCUCCCAUUAUAGCCGCAGCGAGAGCACAAAAAUCCAAACCAGCCUUCCUCAACGGCGAAAAAUCGUCCGGAUUCAAAGCAUUGCUCGGUCAAUUGGUUACAAUCCAAAAUGAAAACCUGGCCGUUUCAAGAGCAAGAUUGGCGGUCGAAAGGGAGCGGCUGGUGUUCGAGAAACAAAUAGGAGGACCUUUGGUGGAUGUUAUCCGUAGCUUGAGUGGAUUCUUUAACGGUUUCGUAGAACAGCACCAACAGCAGAAAAGAAGUCAACAGGUAAACCAAAAUCUGCAGCCGGAUAGUGACCAACCUGCUGGUAAGAAAAGACGCAAAGGUGAUAGCACCGAGACCCAACAUCAGACCGCAGUCACCACAACCGAGCCAGUCAAGACAGAAGUGAUUAGUGAUAAUGAAGAGCAGUGAAUAUCUCUGUCCGUACAUUCCAACAUAGCAAUUUGUUUUUUUCUUGUUCUCAGAUUUAUAAUUUAUUUAAUUUAUUACUGAACAUUAUUUAAUUAUUGAUUGUAACGUCUAAUUGAAUGGAUAUACUGAAUUGAAGAGCAGACAGAGAAAUAGCAUUUAUUGAAGCACCUUUGUAAAAAAAGAACUGUUAUGAUUAAAACGAGCCCUAUAUUUCUAAUAUAAA